AUGAGUUGGUCUGGCUUCAAGAAGGCAGUCAAUCGAGCAACGACUUCGGUCGCUCAAAAUCUGGGAGCUAUGGAAAAGACUGUGGAUAGAGAGUAUGAGGAAGAGGAGAGGAGGUAUAAAGUGCUUGAAACCAAGGUGGAGAAGCUUCAUAAGGAGGCUAAAGGAUAUCUUGAUUCAGUUCGUGCCAUGACACUCGCCCAAACACGUAUUGCCGACACCGUCGACCGCUUCUAUGAAGGCGUGAAUGGAGGAAUGGGGUAUGGAGCUCUCAAAUAUCGUGAGACUAUAUCUAAAAUGGAUGAAGAAGCUCGUACCUUGCUGGACUCGAAUUACAGAGCAGCAGUGCUGGACCCGCUGGGUAGAUUUGUCGGUGUGUUUCCAGAAGUGAAUGAAGCAGUUAAGAGGCGACAGAAAAAGCUAUUGGAUUAUGAUCGUCUCAGGUCUGGUGUCAGGAAACUUAUUGAAAAGCCUUCUGAUGAUGCUUCGAAAUUACCUCGAGCCGAAGCGGAAGCCAACCAAGCACGCGAAGUAUACGAGCGCCUGAAUGGACAACUCAUGGAAGAGUUACCGAAACUGGUUGAUUUACGAGUGCCGUAUUUGGAUCCAUGCUUUGAAGCUUUGGUCAAGUCUCAAUUGGCAUUCAGUCAAGAUGCGCACGAACGAUUGUCUGCGCUGCAACAGCAUAUGGGGCAAGGACAGAAUGUCGAAGGUGCUGUAGAGGGUGUGUUGCAACAGAUGAGGGAUUUGAGCAUAUGUGGAGGUGCUGUGUAG